AUGGUUGGAAUCACCACCACUGCAGUCAUAUUGUACAGUGAUGCCGUGGCGAGAGAAAUUGAUGUGUCCUCUACGAUAGCGAUGGCACCGCAACAUGCAUUUUUUGAGGAAAACUACACACAACCAGCGAAAACUAUUGUGUUUUUCAAAACACACAAAACAGCAAGUACAUCAUUACAUUGCAUAAUGUGUCGCUAUGGUUACACAAAUCAACUUUCGCUCAUAUUUUCGAGGUAUAACAAUAUAAAUGGUCAUUUGAGGAACACUAUUCCCAAUCCAUCAUGGUUCCUGCCGCCGAUUAGAAAUACUAGCAAUUCUGCAGGGAAAUACAACAUACUGACUGGACACGUGACUUAUUAUAGAAGUCUAAUUGGUUCAUUCAUGGAGGGCAUUCCUAAAUACAUCACUAUUUUACGAGAACCAGCUGCACAAAUAGAAUCGCACAUGAACUUUUUCAAUCUUCGUAAGCGAGUAAUGAAGGACAUUAAAUUGUUUACUAAAGAUCCCUUCAAAUUUGAAAAUGGUGGCAAAGCAGCAAGUCGCAAUAAUCAGAUUUCGGAUUUGGGUUUAAAGCGCAGUAAAACGUCUAAUGAAGCUACAAUAAACGCAACAAUUCUAAAACUUGAUAAAGAAUUCGAUCUCGUACUAAUUGCCGAGUAUUUUGACGAAUCUCUUUUGCUGUUAAAACGUAUUCUACGUUGGAGUUUUGACGACAUACUGUACUUGGUAAAAAAUCAACGAAUGCAUCGUGAGACUAUUACACAUGAAUUUCGUCAACAAAUUUACCAGUGGUCGAGAGCUGAUGUCUUGUUAUACCAAUAUUUUAAUGAAACGCUAUGGAGACGAGUUCAGCAGUAUGGUCCACAGUUUGAGGAUGAUUUGGUUUACUUCGGGGCGCUACCUUCAUGA